CAAAUUUCCAUGAUCCGGAGAUUUGAUCAUGGAGUUCAUGCUUCCUUCAUCAGAGGAUCAUGAUGCUCGCUCGGCCCUUGGCGCGAUGUCGUCGCCAACCAGUGCCCCUCUCGGGCAUCCGAAGAGUGGGCUGCCGUCGAUUCUCUUCAGCCACUUCUGCCAAUUCCGGUCCCCAUAAUCCCGUGGCGUCGAGCUCCCCACCAAAUGUGCUCGCAGGCUUGACCAGCGAACUGGACAGGAUAGCCCCACGAUUCGAUAUUGAAGCGUCUCAGGUUCAAAUCAUUCGCACACCGAGUCAAUUCUACGAGACUCUCAAGACGAAGAUUCUGAAUGCGCGCCAUCGCAUUUUUCUGUCGACGCUGUACAUUGGCAAGACUGAGCACGACUUGAUUUCGACAAUUCGACAAGCGCUCCUCAACCAGCCAGAGCUUAAAGUCUCGUUUCUGACAGACGCUUUGCGCGGCACUCGCGAAACGCCCAAUCCAUCUUGCGCUUCGCUCCUUGCGCCGCUCGUGACAGAAUUUGGCCCUGACCGCGUGGAAAUCCGCAUGUACCACACCCCGAAUCUUACUGGUAUUCGAAAGAGGUAUAUCCCGCGGCGCAUCAACGAGGGCUGGGGUUUACAGCACAUGAAGCUUUACGGGGUGGACGACGAGAUAAUACUUUCGGGGGCCAACCUGUCCACCGACUACUUUACCAACCGCCAGGACAGAUAUCACGUUUUCAGCUCCAAGGAAGUGACAUUCUACUUUGGUCAAAUCCACGACGCGGUUUCGAGUCUUAGUUUCCGAGUCCAACCUCGUCCCGAUGAACCUGCCGGAUACAAACUGGAAUGGCCCGAAUCUAACGCGGCUCCGUCACCUCUUGAAGAACCCAAGGCAUUCGUCUCCGCGGCUGGGGCUAGAGUGCACCCCCUCAUUCAGCCCGCUACCGCGACUACGAAGCAAUCCGAACUUCUUCCUCCCACCUCUUCUUCAUCUUCGUCUUCGUCUCCGUCUUCUAAAACAACCGACACGAUAAUCUACCCGCUCUCGCAAUUCACGCCGCUUCUCAACCCGGACACAUCGACUGAGAAACCCGGUCUAGCUACUGUCCUACGCCAUCUCGCCUCUUCAGCCCUCGCAAAUUCUUCAUGGACAUUUACAGCAGGGUACUUUAACAUUACGCCAGAAUUCAAAAACCUAUUACUCGCAUCCAACCCGGCCCGCGGAACCGUAGUGACUGCUAGUCCCUGGGCCAAUGGGUUCUACGGGUCAAAGGGUGUUUCUGGCAUGUUGCCGCCCGCGUAUACCCUUUUAGCCAGACGUUUUCUGGAGAGCGUCAUUCGAGCCGAGCGGCAGAAACAUCCUGCGGACAAAAGCAAUCACAUCGAACUCAAAGAAUGGCGAUUGGGUACCGUUGGACAGCCCGGUGGAUGGACGUAUCAUGCCAAGGGGCUGUGGAUUACUCUGCCCGAGUCUGACUCUGAGCGCCAGCAAGGCACGACUGCGGUCUCCGAACCCUCUGAGCCGAAGGGAGUGGCUGAGGAGCAGACUCCGAAGGAGCAGCCACCGUCUGGGUCCGGACCGAGCAUAUCCCUCAUCGGCUCUUCGAACUAUACCAAACGCAGCUAUACCCUCGACCUCGAAGCCAACGUGCUCAUCGUCACGACAAACCCGCAACUCAAGCAACGUCUCGGAGAAGAAGAAGCGUGGUUGCAAGAACACGCGCGCGCUGUUGACUUGGAUGAAUUCACGCGCACAGAGAGACGUGUCAGCUGGAGAGUCAGAGUGGCUAUGUGGAUUGUCACCGCCUUGGGCGGGGCGUUGUAAUUCGAGAUCUUUAUUUUCGUCUUCUCUCCUCUUUGUCAUUUUAGAUCUUUUUCUCUUUUCCACUUGGGACUUGAGAUUAGCAGUGGACGUUGUCGUGUUUCUCGAUAUGCCUUGCAUAGCCGAGUGAUGUGGUAUGUAGCAUUCUGGACGUCGGAACCAUCAUAGAUUCAUAGCAACGAUAUAGUCUGUAUGAUCUGGUGUAAAUUGUAUAGAAUACGAACUGUACGAUACAAUACAAGCUAUAGAAAUAUACGCACAACUAUCGCUAGUC